AUGGAAAGCGCACCCUUGACUUUGGCAUAUACACACGCACGAAACGCUGCGCAGGAAACUAAAAGAGCAAAUCCUGUUGCUGCUAGCGAAGAACAUGAUUUGGCUGCUGCUGAGUUCGCUACCGCGGCAGCAAGCACGACCGACCAGGAAGCCCUUCGAGUCUUACAUCUACUCGAGCAGCAUCACAAGCAGCUGGCUCUGAUCCUCAAGGACUCCCACGCCAAACCUUCGCGUCACACUGAAGUUGACAAGAAACAGACUGCUACAGAGGCCGAUAGAACAGACGACUCUCCGCAGCCACCACGCCUCCCACAUGUCGCUCGAAAUACAGCUCGAGAUCUUUCUAGCUCAAUUGCCAGCAACUUAGCAACCAAGAGAGGCAUUCCCAGCGUUAGACAGAAGAGAAACAUUCCAGCCUUGCCGCUUGUAUCGAACGAGUAUGCUGAUGGCGCAUUUACCCAGGACUCACCCCAGGGAAGAAAGGUGCUAGGCCCUGCUGGGGAUCAACAGGUGACCCGUCCUUCGUGGGCACCACCUGCAAGUGUUGUACCCCAGGCCGAUACAGCCUCAUCGAAUGCAAGCUCUCCCUUCCAGCAGUUCUACAACAAGUUUGAGGGUGUCAUCUCGACCUUGACUGCUCCACUGGCCUUUGCCAGCUUGCCACUAUCGCAGCCACCGGCAUACCAGAAAGAAGACGGCACAACAUCGACCUCCCGUCGACCGUCUACGAAAGUCUUACCCAAAUCCGAUCCUUCACCUGCUGCACUGGAUUACUCUCAACUAAUUUCAAAUGCGGCAUUACGAGCCGUACGUGACAACAACGACUCAGGCUACUCUAGACCGCACGAAUCGUUCCUUCUAGUGCCGACUUCUGGCGGGACCAUGUCAUACGCUGAUAUAACUGCCGCAAACUACGUCGAUCGCGAACUGGCUCGUAAUCGGCACCACGGUCGUGUUCUGUCAAAUGCCUCGAACGACGACUUCGUAGAUGCUUCGUCUCAGAUACUGUCUCAUCCAUCAGGUUCGUUGUUGCAAGCAACGCAGAAGAUGGCUGGCAGGUCGCUGAGUAACGCAGACAAGUGGCAGAGUCAGAUCCUGCCAAAUGGUCAGACAGCAGAAGAAAUAGUGCUGCAAAACCAAGUCCUACGGAAGACGUUGAAUGAUGUCGGAAAGCGCCUGCACAGUUUCGAGCUUGCAUCUCAGGACAUGCGUCUUGCACAAUCAAGACACUCAUUGCAGCUCAGCCCGAUUACCACACCCGAGAACUCGCGCGGAAAGAUGUUACCUGUGUCGAGUGGUCGCUCGAAUGACGCAGGCGUGCGUAUGGCGCAGCAACGAAUUGAGGAGCUCGAGGAGGCCUUGAGGAAGAACGACAGACGACUCUCUAAGAGGGAGGACGAAAACGUGAAACUCAAGGAGACUCUAGCGAAGUACCGAGAAAAAUGGGAAGGGCUCAAGGCAGGCGCGAAGGCGCGCAGAGAACAGGCCGGCGGUGGCGACAAGCUGAGGAGGGCCAGCAGUACAGCGACAGCAGUAGCGGUUGUAACUCCAACGAAAGACAGAGACAAAGCUGCUCAGGAACAAAGCAGCGGAGGUUGA